CCUUCGAGAAGCUGACUUUGUGUCUGUAUUGCGCCUGACAAUCCCGUCGCGAUGGAUCUCAACAGCCUGCGCGACCAGGUCGCCAACAUGUCGUUGUACGACGUCAAGGCAGGCAUCCGCAAAGUGCAGAAUGCUGUCAUGAACUACACCGAAAUGGAGUCCAAGGUGCGCGAGGCUACCAACAACGAGCCUUGGGGCGCGUCAUCGUCUCUCAUGCAGGAGAUUGCCAAUGGCACAUUCAAUUACCAACAAUUGAAUGAAAUCAUGCCAAUGCUUUACAAACGCUUCACAGAAAAGUCGGCAGAAGAAUGGCGGCAGAUCUAUAAAGCCCUCCAGCUCCUCGAGUUCCUCGUCAAGAAUGGCUCCGAACGAGUAAUCGACGAUGCACGAUCCCACCUCUCACUCUUGAAAAUGUUGCGACAAUUCCACUACAUCGAUCAGAACGGCAAAGAUCAAGGGAUCAAUGUGCGCAACAGAAGCAAAGAGCUUACCGAGCUUUUGAGCGAUGUUGACCGAAUCCGGCAAGAAAGAAAGAAGGCCCGACAGACGAGAAACAAAUAUGGCGGUGUUGAAGGAGGAGCUGGUCUUGGCUUCAGCUCGACUAGCGGCUCUGGCAGAUACGGUGGAUUCGGCAGCGAGAGUGCGGGAUACGGCGGUGGAGGAAGCUCCUUCGGUGGUACCACACGAGGCGUGUAUGGAGACGGUGGUGGCUUUGGCGGUGAAAGCCACGAAGACUACGACGAGACUGGCCGGUCAAACACACAGGACCGCUUUGAGGAAUAUGACGAAUUUGAUGACGGCGGCGCACAAGCUCGACCUGGACGGAGGAAAGCAGAUGCUCCUUCAAAGCGGGCAGCGGCAAAGAAGGCAGAGCCUCCGAAACCAAAAGAGCCAGAAGUGGACCUCUUCGACUUCGGCGACGAGCCUGUGGUGUCUGCGCCAGCCAACGGAGCAUCGAGCUUAUCCGCAACAACACUGUCACCACCGACUGCAGCCCCUUCGGCUCCUGCUGACGAUGAUGACUUCGAUGACUUCCAAUCAGCCACUCCUGUCGCGCCCGCUGCACCCGCGUCUCAGAGUGCUCCGAGCAUUCCAAAGCCAAACUACAGCUCCUUCUCCACAAUUGCGACCACUUCGAACACGCAGUUCGCUCAACCGACACCAAAGUCUGGGGCGCAAAGAGCAGACUUCAGCAACCUUUUCUCAACCACAUCUCCUCCGCCAAGCAGUAUCGCCACACCUGCUCUGUCAUCCCUCUCGUCUCCGAAGCCGACAGGAUAUCAACCUACGGGACCAAACUACUUCACAUCCAUUCAAGCACCAGCUCAGAAACCCAUCAGUGGCACUGGCUCUGGCGUCACAUCUCCAGCCGCUGGCGGCAUUGGAUCUCCGCCUGUCAAAAAGGCUGGCGGUGAUGCAUUUGCUAGUCUUCUUUCAGGAAGCGGCAUGAAGAAAGGGGCAGGGCCAGCGCAAAAAGGCAAGACAGUGGCAGAGCUCGCAAAAGAGAAGAGCCAGGCUGGCUUGUAUGGCGCUCCAGCAGCAGCGUCAAUGGCUCAGCCCCAACAGCAGAAGCCGAAUACAGGAAGCAGUGGACUUGAUGACCUGCUUGGGUAG